AUGUUCAUGCAGCCAGCGCUCAUUACCACUGCCUUUACAGGCUUUUCAGAUGAAUUAAUCGCGUACUUGACACUAUUCUUUGAACCACUAGAUUUAUUACGGCUAUCUGAAGUUAAUUCUGUUUUCUAUGUGUUCUGUCAGGAGGAUCCACUUUGGAUGGGACAGUGUCUACGAUUACAUAAUGGAGAAUUUUCGUUUCAUCACAAUUGGAAACUUACGACCUUUUAUCCAAAGAACUCGCGACCACUGGAGUUACUGAACGACGUCUUUCGUCCUAUAGUCGUGAAAAACUUUGGCUCAGAUUUCCUCUACCGGCGUUGGUGUCGCUGUCACAUGAACCUCGGUGACACGUUUCUGCUGCUCAGUGAAGAACAGGAUCCCACCAUUCGUCAUCUACAAAAGAUUGACAUUCAAGACUUGACUUUCCAGGCCUUUUACGAGCAACAUUCAAGGAUGCCAUUCAUCAUUUGCAAUGCUAUUAGUGAGUGGAAGGCGUCUACAGAGUGGACAAUCGAGAAGCUGACUAAAAGGUUUCCAAGCAACGUCAAACAUCGCAUUACGCACAAUCUAGACAUCGUCUCUAGCAAUUCGACGAUGGAAAUGAGCUUUGCCGACUACUUCCAAUACGCCAAGAACCAGCACGAUGAGACGCCGCUGUAUAUCUUCGAUGCAAAAUUUGGAGAGAAGAUGCCUACGAUGCUUGAAGAUUACAGAAUCAACGACUUGAAAGUGUUUAAGGAAGAUUUCCUGAGCGUCCUUGUCAAUCCAGAGAAGGACGAGAAUAGCAAGAAGACACCAACCAAGGGCGUGAAAUUGGAAGCUGGAGGCAAAAAGGUGCGUAAGGACAAAAAGACAAAGCGUGCCACAGGGUCUACCCGACCUGAUUUCCGCUGGAUCGUCGCUGGACCUCAGCGUACCGGCGCUCCAUGGCAUCAGGAUCCUGCGAGAACAUCUGCUUGGAAUUCACUUGUCAAGGGGCGAAAGCGGUGGGCAAUCUAUCCUCCAAAUUCGCCACCACCAGGUGUAAGUGUCAGCAAGCACGGCGAGUAUCUCAAUAGUGGCUUGAACAUGCCGUCACUCAUGUGGUAUUUGCACGUGUACCCCACUCUCACGCCUGAUCAAAAGCCACUUGAAAUCAUUCAAGAAGAGGGUGAGACGAUUUACGUUCCCAGUGGCUGGUGGCAUCUCGUAUUAAACUUGGACUUUACGAUUGCAGUCACACAGAAUUUUGUGAAUUCGCACAAUGCAUUUAUGUUCAUGAAAGAUAUGCUCGACGAUGGACAAGGCGAAGCACUAACGGUGCUUCAACAUGAACUACGAGCUACAAGGCCAGAGACCUUUGACAUCUUUCGCCUAGCUCAGAUUCCUCGUGUGAAUGGGUACUUGAAUGAAGAGAUGUUUCAACAAUCGUUCCGUAUCUUAGAGUACUGGAAGCCUCAAUUGAAGAGAAUUCUGAAGCGCCACAAAGUGCUAGCUCUGCCAAAAACAACUGGAGCAGCCACGAAUGUCAUGAAGAAACUGAAGUACCCAAAGAUGAAGAGUCUCACCUCGCGCGUUAACCCGACAUUUGGGGUCGGAAAGCAUCUGCUAGUGAAGUUCUUCAGCCAGUACAACGAAAAUUGGGGCGAGAUCGACUUUGAGGCGUACAUGACUCUAAAUUAUGACUCGACCGACAGCGUUUUUGCAUCUCCGUCAAAGCGUCGUAAGCAAAACAUUUUGAGACCGUACGAACUGAAGAAUGCGAUGUCCUUACGAUAUGCAAUGGAGGAUUGUUUCCGCAUUGAGAGGACUGUUUACAGAAUGAUUGAAGCAGCAGCGGGCACAAUACCUUUCCAUCGAUCGCUCCACGCAAUGGUUCCUCACUUGCAUCACUCUGGGCAUCUUUUGUAUGUGGACGAGGUGGACGAUGAUGAAGGAGAAGGGCCAAUGUGGCGGUGGCCGUAUGUUGUCAUAGAGUACAAGAGCAACGAUGUAGGCCUAGACGUGAUCACGAAGAAGGGUGGCGCGACUCCUAAUAGUUGGAAUCAAGUGGCCGCCUGGAUCAGUCAGGACUUCCUGCCCAAUUUGCACUCGGUACCUAUCGCGCCAACAUUUCAAGGUGUUUACGGGCACAGCAAGGCUGAGUGGGACUGGUACAUCCAUUACAUGCUUCGCCAAAGAAAGCGUGCCGUUUCAUUCCACCUGAUGGAGAGUGACCUUCCUGCGCACUUGAUGAAGCUGCUUGAGACCUUUCUUCCUCCUGCAAACAGUGAUGCUAUCGUCUCACAACUGCUUCCAGUGAAAUCUUGGGAGAUAAAGCCUGUGCUGCUUCAUGGUGACUUGACAGACGAAAAUAUCCUUGGAUCCGAAGUUGGUGGUCAGUCAGACGGUGCGGUGAUGCCAAGCUUAGAGAAGGAACACCACACUUGCGAUAUAUCGUCAUUCCUGAAGUCUGUCGGGUGCGAAAAGUACAUUUCGCUGCUUGUAGAGCAGGAGGAACUGACUUUUGAGUCGCUGAGGUUACUAGAUGAAGCUCAUCUGAAGGAUCUGGGUAUUCCUUUGGGGCCUCGUCUUGCAAUUUUAAAUGGGAAGCAGCUCACUACCACCCAUGAUCGUAUUGCCGAUAGUGAAGAGGAUGGAAGCGAUUGCCGCAUUAAUACCGAGGAGGAAUGGGAGACCAGUAGCAGCAGUAGUAACGGUAGCUGUGAAAGCGAUAGUGAGAGUGACUUUACAACGCCUGUGGGGCUAGCAGCCAUCGAAGUGAAGCGCAAGAAAAAGUUUGUUGGGCCACAUGAGUGGGCUCCAACGUCCGUGAUCGACUUCGCAGACGCCAAAACAGGCGAUCCACUAUACGACCUCGUCGCCGUCUUUUUCGCUGCUUUGCACUGUGAUCGCGAGCUGUGGAAAGUGACGCUGGCAUCGGAAUACUGGCAACAGUACAUCCACCGCGAGAAGAUGGACCGUACGCCACAACGGCGUUGCCUUCGGGAGCGCUUCCUUCAGUUACUGCUAUUGCAUCCGAGCCAUUCUGUCAAGGGGCUAUUUCACUAUUUCCCUCAAGCAGCAAACUUCGCAAACUGGGAGGACCUCGCUCGCACACUUUUUCACGAUUUGUUUUAA